AUGGAGUACAAGAUACAGAAGGAUCAGGAACUGCUGGCAAUAAUCGACAAUAUUGAGAAGAGCUAUGACCCAAGCUCACCGGCAUAUAAAUUCAAAUAUGUAUUCUACAACAAGGUAGACCAGCCAUUCUACCGCCCAGCCGACUUUCCAGAAGCCCUUUGGAACAUUUCAUUAAGUGAGGAUCCUACAAUGAUGCCUGUCCUCUUGAAAGGCGAAGAUAUUGAGCACCGGAAGGCGCUUCAAACAGAUCUUUGCAAAAAGAUCAACGACUCGUACGACUUCAUUCGUAAGAAGAUUAAUGGACUGAGAAUGAGGUCAGAACGAUUGAAAUCGAGAAUAGACGGAUGUGCACAGAUAUACAGGAGGAUUUUCGGAGGAGUUUACAACAAAUUGAAGAAGGAAGAAGGAAAAUGCACUUUGAUUGAUCAGAUAUACCGUGCAAAUUUGUCAAUUGACAAGAAGGAGAAAUUGUAUGUUGUUGAGAAAAAAAGCGAAGUAAUCGACUUUUUGCUUGAUAUGAAAUCAAUGGGCGAGAAGAUUUUGAAAAGCGCUGAUGAUGCAUUGCAAGAACGUCAAAAGCAAGCAGUAAUACUGAAUGAACUAGAUAGAAUCUGA